GAGACAAAAAGUAACAACGUCCAUGGCAAAUGGGGGCGGCAACGGCGGUGGCGGAAACACUAACAACGAUGGAGGAUGCAAUAGGACGGUGGAUUUACAGCCCCACCCGGUGAAAGAACAACUCCCCGGGAUUCAGUAUUGUGUCAACAGUCCUCCUUAUUGGCUUGAAGCCUUAGUGUUGGGUUUCGAGCAUUAUUUGUUGAGUCUUGGCAUCACAGUUCUUAUUCCAAGUCUCUUAGUUCCACUCAUGGGAGGUGGUGACGCAGAGAAGGCUAGAGUUAUGCAAACAUUACUAUUUGUGUCUGGAUUGACGACAUUGUUCCAAUCUUUCUUUGGAACUCGAUUGCCUGUGAUAGCUGCUGCGUCUUAUGCUUAUAUCAUACCUAUCACUUCUAUUAUUUCCUCAAACCGCUUCACCCAUUACACUGAUCCUUUUGAAAGGUUUGUGAGAACAAUGAGAAGCAUACAAGGGGCUCUGAUUAUCGCCGGUUGUUUCCAAGUUCUUGUGUGUUUCUUAGGCGUGUGGAGAAAUAUCAUCAGGUUUCUAAGCCCACUCUCCAUUGCUCCUUUGGCAACAUUUACCGGAUUAGGACUCUACCAGAUCGGUUUCCCUUUGUUGGCGACUUGCGUUGAAGUGGGACUCCCUGGAUUGAUCCUACUUGUUUUUAUCACUCAGGCACAUCAAACAACACCGCAUAUAAAUACAAAACACAACACACAAACAAAUAAAGGAGACCUAAAUUACUUACCGCGAUGUCUGAAGAUGAAGAAAGGGAUGCAUUGGGAUGGAUCAAGAAGCGAUCGUUAUGGGAUGAUGAUAUGUAUUCCAUUGAUAUGGCUGUUUGCUCAGCUACUCACAACGAGUGGUGUUUAUGACGAUAAGCCUCGAACUACUCAAUCUAGUUGCCGUACGGACCGUACUGAGUGCAAGUAUUAUUUUAAUUGUAGUCAACGGGUUUGUUCUAUGCAUCCGCAAGAUAUGGAAGCGCGACACCAAUUCCACCAUCAGUUAUUAGCCGUGGGAGUUGGAGUAUUACUCAACGGCAUGCUUGGAGGCGUCUCAGGGAUCACAACAUCAACAGAAAGUGUUGGACUUUUGGCAAUGACUAAGAUCGGGAGUCGAAGAGUGAUACAAAUAUCAGCUGCCUUCAUGCUUUUUUUCUCCAUUUUUGGAAAGUUUGGAGCUUUUUUCGCGUCGAUACCCUUACCAAUCAUGGCAUCUGUUUACUGCAUCUUUUGCAACCUAAACAACUUCAACAUUAAAUUCAUUUUGGGAUUUUCCUUUUUCAUGGCUAUUUCAAUCCCUCAAUACUUUAGAGAAUAUUUCAAUGGAGGUUGGCGGUCUGAUCAUCGCUCAAGUUGGUUGGAAGAUGUGAUAAGAGUGAUAUUCAUGUCACACGCAACGGUUGCGGGAAUAAUAGCAUUAGUGCUUGAUUGCACAUUGUGUCGUGAGAGCGAGGAAGCCAAGAAAGAUUGUGGACUGAAUUGGUGGGAAAAGUUUCGACUGUACAAUCUUGAUGUCCGAAACGAUGAGUUUUAUGGUCUACCUUGCUGCCUCAACAAAUUCUUCCCUUCUCAC